UCAACCAAAACAAAACAAUAAACUGUAUAGUAGUACCUAGGUACCUACCUAAAACAACAAAUGAACUAGGUAUAUUUUAUAAUUUUUUGAAUAUUUUAAUAGGUACCUAAUUUAUAAAUAUAUAUUUAUAUAUAGCUAUGCUAGAAUUAAAGCAACGCUUCCUUUUGAAUUCUGUUUUCUUUGAGUUUUAUUUCGAAAUGUGUUAAAUAGAAAGUUAUCCGUGAUGAGUAUGACACGUUGGCUGGACGUAGAAGUGGGCACAGAUGAAAUAGAAAUCAAUUCCCUGCCGUCCAACCUGGCGCUGGUGGACGUCAACAAUGAUAAGGAAGUCAAACUCAUUAUUGGGGACAUUGGAAAGGGUGAAGAUGGGCCUAAACUUAAAGUAUUCAAAGGCACAAUGCAGAUUUCUGAUCAAACGUUGCCAGAUCUGCCACUGGGCCUGGUUGGUCUCUAUGCCAGUGACGCGGCGAAUGUCACACCCGUCAUAGCUGUAGCCUUCAGCUCCUGUGUGUACGUGUUCAGGAACUUCAAGAUAUUCUACAAAUAUUAUUUGCCGUCGUUUGAGCUGAGCACUUGCGAGAUGGAAGUUUGGAAACAGCUAACAAACCCGUCAAACCACAACCUGGACACAAUGACAAGUCUCACAGAGAACCUGAAGGCGAUACCUGCUAAGAUCCUCACGGCUCAAUCCAGAGAUUUCCUCGCGAUGUCUCCAGAAGAGCAACUGGACUACUUGGAGCAGCUGACGGAGACGCCGUCGUCGAAGGUUCCAGAAAUCGCGUGCGUGACAACCCUGAGGUUACAUUCCGUAGAGAAGCACGCCAUGGCUUGCUUGGUGAUUGGCACUGAAGAUGGAGAGGUCGUGAUAAUUGAGCCACAAACUUUCACAGUUGUUUCACAGGCUAAGGUUUGUUCGGUUAAGAAAACACCAUACCAAAUGGUGACCACCGGCCUCUACAGCGUGGACUACAGGAUCACAAUUGCGACGAGAGAAAAAUGCGUGUGCAUUCUUAAGAGAGAGUGGACUGAAGGUAGACUGCUGUUCGCCACGGAGGAACACAUAAUUGCCAUCGAAGUGAUGCACGCUGACAACACUGUCAUGGUCAUAUGUGCUGAUAACACCAUGGCUUGUUACAGCAAGAAGGGCAAGAAGCAGUGGUCGUUGAACCUAGAACACCGUCCUGUGGCGAUGACCCUGGUGCCAGUUGUCCACCUGGGACUCACCCUCGUCGGUGUUGCGCUCGCGUCGGGUCAUGUACAGUUGUAUGACGGGAAGGCCAAGAGAGACACUAUUUUUGUCAGAGAUGUGGUGUCGGUAAUGAAAUUUGGUCAGUUGGGGCAAGAAGAGCACGUACUCAUCAUUGUCACAGGCAGUGGGAAUCUCAUGCUAAAGAUAUUAAAACGCACGGCCGACUUCAACGGAGAGGCGGCCGGCUUGGAAGCCCCACAGGCCAAUGCGAAGCCCUGGCUUAUACCCAAGAAGUCCAAGCUUUUCAUUGAGCAGUCCGUGAGGGAGAGGGAGAAUGCCGUCGCUAUGCACGAGACUUUCCAACUGGAGUUGAAUAGAUUGCGACUCCUUGCAGCCAAGACGCUUCUAGAAGCCCAUCUCAAGAGCGACAACAGCAUUGCUGUCGGCGCCAUGGAGCCGGUCAAAAUGACUGCCGAGGUGGAAGGGUUAGGUCCAGUUUUCCGUGUAGCCUUGAUAAUAGAGAACACAUCUACGGACAAAGCUGUGAUCGGACUGUCUAUUCUGUUUCACGUGCACACCACCAACUAUAAGGUGUCCAAUCCUUACAUCAAGGUGCCAUUGAUAUCCCCUGGAGGCAAGGCGAAGUUCCCUACAAAGGUGGAAGAAGUUUUUGGGGAUGAUCUCCACCCCGAGUUGCUGUUCAGGGCUGUGACGGGGCAGGGGGGAGAAAGAUCUUUGUUGAAGGUUCUCCUGCUGAAAGCUGGUCAGUGUUCGCCCGUGUUGGCGGCGACUGUACAGAUGCCACCCACCGACCCAAUGCUACUGCCGUACGACAAAAUGCAGGGAGACGACUUCCAACAAGAUUUGCUGGCUGUUUAACUGUUUUUGUGUUAAUACGCCGCUAGAUGGCGUUAAUUGUAUAAAGGUGUGGGCUCGGCCCAUUGCUCCGUCCGUUUUAUUAUUAUAAUGUUUUAAUUGAUUGA